CAUUGUAGACAAAGACCUUCGCCACUACCUCAAUUUACGGUUCCAAAAGAGCUCUGUGGACCACGAGCUUCAGCAGAUCAUCCGGGAUAACCUCUACCUCCGGACAGUGCCGUGCACCACAAGGCAACCUAAGGAGGGAGAGGUCCCAGGUGUGGACUACAAUUUUGUAACUGUUGAUCAGUUUAUGGAAUUAGAGAAAAGUGGAGUUUUGUUAGAGAGUGGGACAUAUGAAGAUAACUAUUACGGUACUCCCAAACCACCUGCUGAACCAACUCCACUGCUGCUAAAUGUAACAGACCAGAUCCUGCCGGGCGCCAGACCAAGUGUCGAGGGGAAGCGGAAACGAAACAAGUCUGUAAGCAACAUGGAGAAAGCCGGCAUUGAGCCCCCAGAGGAGGAAGAGGAAGAGAGACCAGUCGUCAACGGCAACAGCGUAGCAAUAACUCCAGAAUCGAGUGAACAUGAGGAUAAAAGCACCGACGCCUCAGGUGAGAUACCUGCACAACCAUACACUGCAGAGGGACCAGACGAAGAAGAGGAACCACUGAAGCUGCCAACGAAGCCUGACGAGAAUGAUGAGUUGGGGCCACUGCCCGACAACUGGGAGAUGGCUUACACUGAGAAAGGAGAAGUCUAUUUUAUUGACCACAACACCAAGACGACAUCAUGGCUUGAUCCAAGGCUUGCAAAAAAGGCUAAGCCCCCGGAAGAGUGCAAAGAAGACGAGCUUCCGUAUGGCUGGGAGAAAAUUGAUGACCCCAUUUACGGCAGUUAUUAUGUUGAUCACAUAAACAGAAGGACCCAAUUUGAAAACCCUGUUCUGGAAGCUAAACGAAGACUGCAUCAACAGCAAAUGCCAAAUCAAGAUCUCCCUUCCCAGCCUUUGCAGGCGGUACAAAUCUUCCGAGAAAAGCCCCUCUUCACUCGAGAUGCCACGCAGCUGAAGGGAACGUUCCUCUCAACGGCCCUGCAGAAGAGCAGCAUGGGAUUCGGGUUCACAAUAAUUGGAGGCGAUGAUCCUGAUGAGUUCCUGCAGGUGAAGAGUGUGAUACCGGAUGGGCCUGCUGCACAGGAUGGCAAAAUGGAUACAGGUGACGUCAUUGUCUAUAUCAAUGAUGUCUGUGUCCUUGGCCAUACACAUGCUGAUGUGGUCAAGCUCUUCCAAUCGGUUCCGAUUGGUCAGAGCGUUAACCUGGUGCUAUGCCGUGGAUACCCCUUGCCCUAUGACCCUGAAGACCCUUCUAGCAGUAUGAUAUCUCCCAUGAGGAUUAUGGAGAGACCACCAGUAUUAGUGAAUGGAAGAAAUAACUAUGACAGUUACAUGGAGUACAUUUCUCGGACCUCUCGAUAUGUGCAGGACCACACAGAACAUCUUCCCCAACCUCCCUUACCCCCCCAUCCUGCAGACGGUCAUCCUGAUGGCCCGUUGCCUCCCCCUGUCCAUGAGGACAACGUAUCUAUGGCCUCCUCAGGAGCCACUCAGUCUGAACUCAUGACCAUUACUAUUGUGAAAGGAGCUGAGGGCUUUGGAUUCACCAUAGCAGACAGCCCUACAGGACAAAGGGUGAAGCAGAUUUUGGACGUGCAGGGUUGCCCCGGUUUGUGUGAAGGUGACCUCAUAGUGGAGAUUAACCAGCAGAAUGUGCAGAGCCUGAGUCAUGCCCAGGUUGUGGAUCUACUCAAAGAAUGUCCAGUGGGGAGUGAGACAUCCUUGAUCAUUCAAAGGGGAGGAGGUCCCUUUUCACCAUGGAAGACCUCUAAACAGGUGUUGGAGCAGUGGGAUAUCCAAGGCAGCCCCCAGACCAGCUUAUCUGCUCCAGUUAUACCACAGAAUGUUCCCUUUCCACCAAACUUCCAUAGGGCUUCUUUCCCAGACUCAGCUGAUGGGUUUGAUCAAAGAAAACCUGACCCUUAUGACCUGUAUGAGAAGUCGAGAGCUAUCUAUGAGAGUAGGCAGCAAGGCCCACCAAGGACAGCAUGUCGAAUGGAUUCUUCCGGUCCUGAUUACCGGGAAUUGGAUGUCCAUCUCCGAAGGCAAAAGUCGGGGUUUGGCUUCAGGAUCCUGGGUGGGGAUGAGCCUGGACAGCCAAUUGUAAUAGGAGCAAUAAUAGAGAAGAGUUCAGCCGACAGAGACGGACGACUGCGACCUGGGGAUGAACUGCUGUUUGUCGAUGGGAUCCCAGCUGCUGGAAAGUCUCACAGAUACGUCAUCGACCUCAUGCAUGGAGCUGCACGAAAUGGGCAAGUCAACCUCAUUGUGAGAAGAAAAGUGCAGUGUAUGGGUGAGCCAUGCCCCGAGAAUGGCAAGAGCCCUGGGUCUGUCUCCACACAACACAGCUCCCCAAGAAGUGACUUUGCUAACUAUCCCAACAACGCAAAGCGAGCUACCACAGGAGCUUCACCACCAGAGGGCUUUGUGUCCCAGAGUUUACAAACGAACGAUGUCAUCAUCCACCGCAAAGAGAAUGAGGGCUUUGGCUUUGUGAUCAUCAGUUCGCUAAACAGACCUGAGACUGGAUCUACAAUCGCUGUGCCCCACAAAAUUGGCCGGAUAAUUGAAGGCAGUCCAGCAGACCGCUGUGGGAAGUUGAAGGUAGGGGACAGGAUCCUUGCUGUGAACAGCCAGUCCAUCAUUAACAUGCCUCACGCGGACAUCGUGAAAUUGAUAAAGGAUGCUGGCCUGAGUGUAACCCUGCGUAUCAUCCCUCAGGAGGAGCUGAACAGCCCAGCGUCCGCAGCCAGCUCCGAGAAGCAGAGCCCAAAGGCUCAACAGCACAGCCCCAUGGCCCAGCAGAGUCCAGCCACUCACCACAGCCCCGUCACACAGCUGCCCCAACCUCCACCACAUCUACAUGGACAUGACGGCAGCUACAGAUCAGAGGUAAAAGCUAGGCAAGAUGUGAAACCGGAUAUCAGGCAACCACCCUUCACAGACUAUAGACAGCCUCCUGUAGACUACCGACAGCCUCCAGUAGUGGAUUACAGACAGCCGCCUACGCUGGACUACAGGCAGCCCCCAGGAGUCGAUUACAGGCUGCAUUCUGCUGAUACGAGGCAGUAUCCACCAUCGGACUACCGGCAACCACGGGAUUUCUCUUAUUUCACUGUGGAUCUGGAGAAAAGCAUGAAGGGGUUUGGAUUCAGUAUCCGUGGUGGUCGAGAGUAUAAGAUGGAUUUAUAUGUACUGAGACUGGCAGAAGACGGACCUGCAAUAAGGAAUGGGAGAAUGAGGGUUGGUGAUCAAAUCAUAGAAAUCAACGGUGAGAGUACGAGAGAUAUGACCCAUGCCAGAGCAAUUGAGCUCAUCAAAUCAGGAGGCAGAAGAGUGCGUCUGUUGCUCAAGAGAGGGACAGGGCAGGUCCCAGAGUAUGGAAUGGUACCUUCCAGCCUGUCCAUGUGCAUGAAAAGUGACAAGCAUGGCUCCCCAUAUUUCUUCCUAUCGGGCCACUCUAAAGACACGCCGACAGCCCAACCUCCUGGGAUCCUCCCUCUACAGCCUCCUCAGGUUUGCCGGAAGUAGCACCUUCCCUUGACACCAUGAUCAUGCCAUUACCUUCAUCUCAUCAAGUUCCACCCUCUGAUCCCAUUCACCAGCUACCACUGGAGCCAGCAUU